AUGGGAGUUGUAGUUCCCGCGCCCCGAGCGCCGCUUGUCCCGCUGGGGCGGGAGGCACCGCAGAGCCCCGGGCCCGGGCUCAGCUGCGGGGCGAUGGGGCCCAAGGGGCGGCACCUCCACCCCCCUCCGCCCGUGCCCCGCACCCCGCCGGCUUGGGGGGCCCGGGGAGUCCCAGCCUGGGGCCGCUCCCGGCGCUGCGGUGUCGGGGGCUCCUGGGGCAGGCAGGGCAGAUACAGGCAGGGCUGGGGGCGGGCAGGGCUGGUGCAGGAAGGGCUCGGUGCAGGCAGAGCUGAGGGCAGGUAGGGCUCGGUGCAGGCAGGGCUGGAGCAGGCAGGGCUCGGGGCAGGCAGGGCUCGGGGCAGGCAGGGGUCGGUGCAGGCAGGGCUGGAGCAGGCAGGGCUCGGGGCAGGCAGGGCUGGGACAGGCAGGGCAGAUGCAGGCAGGGCUCGGGGCAGGCAGGGCUGGGACAGGCAGAGCAGGGUGCAGGCAGGGCUGGGGGCGGGCAGGGCUUGAUGCAGGCAGAGCUGAGUGUAGGCAGGGCAGAUGCAGGCAGAGCUGAGGGCAGGUAGGGCUCGGGGCAGGCAGGGCAGAUGCAAGCAGAGCCUGGGGGCAGGCAGGGCAGAUGCAGGCAGGGCUGGUGCAGGCAGGGCUCGGGGCAGCCCCUGUCCCCACGUGACGCCCGCGCCGCGCGGGGGCGGCUCCGGUUCAUUCAUAAAUCCCGGGGCCGCCCCGCCGCACCGAGCGCAGCGGCUGCGAUGGAGCCCCGGUCCCAGUUGUAGCUCCGCACCGCGGUGCCGGGCAGGGCCCGGGGCCGGGCAGGACCCGCCGCCCCCGGCCCGGCGCCUCCCGCUGUCUCCCCCUGCCCCAGGACACGCUCGGGCCGGGACGGACCAUGAGCGAUGACCCGACGCCCUGGGACAACGCGACGGAGAGCACCACGGUGGUGCCCGGCGAGGUGUCCCCCCAGGAUGGCUACGUGCUGCUCCUCGCCCUGCUCUCCAUCUUCAUCGGGGGCACCCUGGUCCUGCUCUCCAGCAUCCUGAUCAUCUGCCGCCGGUGCUGCGAGGCCGACCGCCGGCACUCCAGAGCCAGCGAUGACCCCGAGAAAACCAACACCACCUACCUGGAUGACUCGCAGCCAGCCCAGGAUAUCACCAUCAAAGUGGAGGACCCCGACUGCCUGUCGUCCUCCAGCUACCGGGAUGUGGAGAGUGAGCGGUUCCUGUCCUCCAGCUCCUCCACCGCCCGCCGCGUCUCCUUCAACGAGGCCGCACUCUUCGACCAGGGCAAGAAGACCCAGGAGAAGGGGAGGAGGUACACGCUGACGGAGGGGGACUUCCACCACCUGAAGAAUGCCCGCCUGACCCACCUGCACCUCCCGCCGCCCGCCCUCAAGAUUGUCACCAUCCAUGAGUGCGAGUCCAGCGAGAACAGCCUGGCCAUGACCCCCCGCCUGCCCCCUCCCAAGCCCGGCCUCGCCAUCUUCCAGCCCCCCGCGGGGGCCCUGCCCCAGCCGGCGCUCCCCAGCCAUGCCGUGUGCCCCAGCUCUGCCCUGCCUGGGGACACCUACAACUCCACCGUGGACACCAGCUUCACCGAGGCCAGCCCGUCCGCCUCCUCCGACUCCGGGGAGGGCCCCUCGUUCGCAGCAGCACCCAGGAGCGGGAAGGCGGCUGGGGCGGGCAGUGCCGCCCCCGGGGAGCCCCCCCCAGCCCCCGCGCAGGGCACCGUCCUGCAGUUCUUCACCCGCCUGCGCCGCCACGCCAGCCUGGACGGGGCCAGCCCCUACUUCAGGAUCAAGAAGUGGAAGCUGGAGAGCACCCAGCGGGCGUCCAGCCUGGACACGAGAGGGUCCCCCAAGCGGCGGCAGUUCCAGCGUCAGCGGGCGGCCAGCGAGAGCAUGGACCAGGAGGACCGGGACCCUCACCAGACCGACAUCAUCCAGUACAUCGCCCGCACGGAUGACGUGGCCUUCCACCCCGCGGGCGGCCCCUUCCUGCCCUCCCCCGCCAGCCCCCCACCCUCUCUCGGCAGGCUAGAGCCGGGCGAGGGGGGCGCGGGCAGCCCCGGCGAGGCGGGCGUCCCAGAGCAGCCCAGUGCCUACCACGACAUCUGGAGCCUGCGCGCCUCGCUGGAGCUGUACGCCUCCUCCGAGCGGAGCAACGACCAGGACUCGGUGCGCAGUGACGGCGGGGACAGCAUCUCCUCUGCCGGCGGCAUUCCCCCCUGCCCCUCCUCCUCCCUGGAUGAGGCCGAAGGCCCCGAGGAGAAGCUCUGGGGUCGGCCCAAGCCGGAGGAGUCGGAGCCCGGCACGCGCAAGCUGCUGCAGAUGGACAGCGGCUACGCCUCCAUCGAGGCGCCCAGCCGGGGGGGCGAGGAGGGGCCCCCCAAGGACCAGACGGCCUCCGAGAAGCGCAUUUGCUUCACCAGCGCGGGGCGGAAAGGUACCAUCUUCGAGAGCUUUGAAGGCCGGGAGCCGGAGGAAGAGGAGGAAGAGGAGGAGGAGGAGGAGGAGGAAGAGGACGGGAGCACGGUCCGGGGCGCAGCAGGUGGGGCACUCCCCCGUCCCCACAGCCCCCUGGCCUGGUCCCCGUACGGGCAGAUGUUCCCGGGGCGGGAUGCGGCGCCCCGGCGGGACUACAGCAUCGAUGAGAAGACGGACGCCCUGUUCAACGCCUUCGUGCGCCACGACCCCCAGUUCGACGAGUCCCCGCUGCGGGGGAAGCACCGCUCCCGCACCCACCUCCGCAAGCAGUGGCAGCACGCCAAGCAGUACAGCGACCCCGGCGUGCGCUACCCCGCGCUGGAGCGGCACCGCACGCCCCUGCGCCGCGGGGACAGCGCCAACUACCCCCUGGACGCCCGCUUCCACAGCCCCCUGCCCCGCAUCGUCAGCGCCGGCGACGAGGAGGCGGCGGAGGCGGCUGACGGGGUCCCCCCUGCCCCGGCGCUACCCGACCCCGAGAUCCAGGUGAUCGUGGAGGAGCCCGGAGAGGCGGCCCCCGAGCCCAAGGCUGGCUCCGAGCCCCCUGGGGACAACGACUGCCCUGGCCCCGGGAGGUGCCUGGGGCUGGGCUCUGGCUCGGAGCUGAUGGACAAAAUCACCGGCGGCCUCGAGGAGCGGCUCUACGGGCACUUGAGGAAAGCGGGAGAGAGCACCGAGCGCGCGGUGGCCGUGGCGGCCAGCGAUGCCCCCCCUGACCACAGCCCUGUCUAGGCCCAGCGCGAGGGGGAGAGACCCUGGCGCAGGCGGGGCUCGGCCCCUACCGGGGUUUGGGGCUCCAUCCCCUUCUGCUGCUGGCGUGGGGACCAGCCCGGUGCGCCGCGGGAAGGGCGGCCCCAGCACGGGAAAGCCGGGAGGGCGCGUGGGGUCCCCUGGCCGUACCCCCCCCCCCCUUUCACCGCGGGGGUCCGGUAGCGUGGGGUGGCCGAGCCCCCUCGCUCCCAGGAGCGAGGUGCCAGGUGGCGGCGGAGGGCCCUGGGCCGGGGGUGCCCGGGGGUGUCGGGGCGCAGAGGGGGAGCAGAGCGUUGGCCGGGAGGUCAGCGAGGAGGGACUUUGCUAAUAAACCCCCAAACCCAGCUGCGGCCUAAUCCUUACCUCACGGCAGAGCUGUGUAGCAGAUAACGCUCUCCCCUCUCCCCAGUUUUUUACAAGCAAUAAUGCCUCCCAUCCGGCCAGGGAACGUCCUCGCGAGGAAGGGGCCGGAGCUGGGCAUCCCCCUGGCCGGCUGGGGGACGCCGCGGUGCCGCCCUGGCACAGGGGGCUGUUAUUUGGGGAGGGGGGAGUCGCCUCCUCGUGCCCACGAGCCACCCGGCGCUGCAGGGAGCCUGGGAUCUAAACUGGAAACUGGGGGCCUGGGGCUGCUGUGCCGGGGCAGGAGGAUGCUCGGGGGGGUUUGCGCAUCCCCGCCCCGGCGGCGCGGGCCCCGCAGCAGCACCCCGAGGCCUGGGGAGGCAGGACCAGCCCUGGGGCACCCCUGUAAACACCCCCGUAGGGGUGGGGGGGGGCUGCGCAUCCUCCCCCCAGGGCCGUCCCCUCAGCCAGGGCACGAGCAGAGCGCGGGGUCAGGUCAGCAUGUGCCGUGGGCGACCCCGAGCGCUCCGCACCCCUCCCCGGGCGCUCAGAGGAUACUUAGGGAUUUUUACAGAGGUGGAUGCUGCUGUGCCGGGGGCGGGGUUAGCUUUUUAUUCAGUUUUUAUUUGUGUUCCAAAGGAUGGGUGAAAAAAAGGAAGAAAAAAAAAAAGCCCAAGCUGUGGUACCUGGGAGA